AGCGCCGAGUUUGCGCCCCGCGAGUUGGCGUGGGUCGGCGUUCCCCGGCAUCGCCUGUCGGUCGCCCUUGAGCGAGGCGUCUGCGCAGCACUCGGCCUAGCCACCCAGGAGCACUUGGGCGGGAGGACGCCCAUCAGGGUGGAGCGGACUGGGGCCGGGGCAGCCGCCUCCCGAAGAUGCAGGAUGGCAGCAGAGCCGCCGUCCAGACUCACCUACCGCACCACGGGCUCCACCUGUCUGCACCCGCUCAGCGAACUCUUGGGCAUCCCGCUGGACCAGGUGAAUUUUGUGGUCUGCCAGCUCUUUGCUUUGUUUGCUGCUUUCUGGUUUCGCCUCUACUUAAAGCCUACUAAAACUAGCCCUGAUGUCCGGCACGCGUUCGCCACCAUUUUUGGCGUUUAUUUUGUCAUCUUUUGUUUUGGCUGGUACUCCAUACAUCUUUUUGUGCUGGUGUUAAUGGGCUAUGGGAUUAUGGUCACUGCAAGCAUAUCCAAUAUUCACAGAUACACCUUUUUUGUAGCAAUGGGAUACCUUACGAUAUGCCACAUCAGCCGAAUAUACAUAUUCCACUAUGGAAUUCUUAGUACAGAUUUUUCCGGGCCGCUGAUGAUUGUCACUCAGAAGAUCACAAUCUUGGCCUUCCAAGUCCAUGAUGGAUUGAGCAAAAGACCUGAAGACCUGUCUGCUGAGCAACAUCGACUUGCUGUAAAAGUGAAACCCUCCCUUUUGGAAUACUUAAGCUACCUUCUCAAUUUCAUGAGUGUCAUAGUUGGUCCUUGCAACAAUUUCAAGGACUACGUAGCCUUCAUUGAGGGGAGCCACACGCACAUGAAGUUGUUGGAAGUGAACUGGAAGCAAAGAGGGUUCCACAGCCUGCCAGAUCCUUCCCCCACUGGAGCUGUAAUUCACAAGUUGUGUAUCACCUUGGGGUCUCUCCUUUUGUUUCUGACACUCACGAAGACCUUCCCUGUUACCUGCCUGGUUGACGACUGGUUUGUCCAUAAAGCAAACUUUCUGACUCGACUCUGCUACUUAUACAUUGUCAUGCAAGCCUCAAAGCCCAAGUAUUACUUUGCAUGGACAUUGGCCGAUGCAGUGAAUAAUGCAGCUGGCUUUGGGUUCAGCGGAGUGGAUGAGAAUGGAAAUUUCUGUUGGGAUCUCCUUUCUAACCUAAACAUCUGGAAAAUUGAGACUGCCACAAGUUUCAAAAUGUACGUAGAAAACUGGAAUAUUCAGACGGCUGCUUGGCUAAAGAGUGUGUGCUAUGAGCGGGCUCCCUGGUACCCCACGGUGCUAACUUUCAUCCUGUCUGCCUUGUGGCAUGGUGUCUACCCUGGAUACUAUUUUACCUUCUUAACUGGAAUCCUUGUCACACUAGCAGCCAGAGCGGUACGGAACAACUGCAGACAGUACUUCCUUUCUUCAAAAGCUCUCAAGGUCACCUAUGAUGUGGUCACCUGGGCUGUCACUCAGCUGGCUGUCUCUUACACAGCCGCGCCCUUUGUGAUGUUGGCAGUCGAACCAACCAUCAGUUUGUACAAGUCAAUGUACUUUUUUUUACACAUUAUAAGUCUCCUGAUAAUACUAUUUCUGCCGAUCAAACCACAAGCUCAUAGUCAAAGACCACCUCAGACCCUGAACUCUGUUAAUAAGAAAAAAACAGAUUGAUACCUCGGAGAAAAGCCGGACAAGUGAAAAUGUAAAACAUUCGAAAGAUGAAAUAAGAGGACUGGAGGAUUCUCCAGUGGCUUAGAGGCAAUGUUUACAUGGAUCUUUUUUUUUUUUUCUUAAAGCACAGGGAGUCUUUUUACAAAGGCUUUUUGUCUAUUGAAAUUGGCCAUAUCCAGUUGAUUUGUUUUAGUAUCUUAUAGGACAUCUGAGUGGUGUGGAGGUGUGUAGAGAAUGGGCCAGAGCAGGAGAGAUAGACCAUUCUGGGAUGCCGGAUCUUUGCUUUUGGGGGCUUUCUGAUGUCUGGCUACAGAAGUCUGGAUACUGGGAACCCAGACAUUGGUUCCAGAAGUUAGAAGGAGAUUGCUAAGAAGCCUUGUCCCAAGGUUCCUUAACCAGACCCAUACCCAGACAGGGUUGUUCCUUGGGAAGCCCCAGAUCCUAUGAAUUGUGACAUUACUGGCUUGCGGACACAGUAACUCCACUCAGAAGAUGGUGGAGGAGAAGAAUCAUGGAGGAAGAUUUCAGGGCAUGGAAGACUCUACAAGCCAAGAGAACUCAAUGUGAACACUUGAAUGGACCAAAACUCAGGCAUGCCUAAAGUAGGCUGCUUUUUUUCCAGGGACGUAACCCUUUCCUUUUUGUCUUCUGAACUGAGCCAAGACGGGAAAUCAGAUAGGCUCCUGUACAUGUGUAACAGGAGUCUAAGAGUGGCUGCCAUUUUCCUAAUGUUUUCCAUUUUAAGUGUGCUUUAUCUGCUUGCCCACAGACGGCCCUGAGAAGACACCCCAAUGUUCCUGCCAUUCAAAUGCAGCAGAAUAUCUUUUAAAGAGAUAAUUUUAUAAAAAGUAAUUUAAAGUUCUGUAGAGGAUUAGUAAGAAGCAGCAGAUCUCGCUCUCUUUUCUUCUCAUUUUAUAGAGGUGUUGAUGAUCAUGGCCAUGAUGUACACGUGGGUUGGUUUUCCUUUUCCAAUGUCAUAGCUGACAAAAUCCAACUUCGUUUUAGUUGAAUCGUUGUCUUAGAAAACAGAAAUUGAGAAACAGUUUUCAUUCCCGUCUUUGUUCUGAAUAUGCUGUGGCUCUUUCUAGGGACUACUGGGCAAUAAUCUCCGUGGGAGAAGAAAAAAUGGAUUAAAUUGUGUGGAAAAUAAUAAUCAUGAAAUGUAAGCAGCAAUGGUUGCCCUCAAAUGGUUUGGGAAGAGAGAACUUGUUUAAAUCAGGUGGUUAAAAAUGAAUUUCUUACUGAAUAGUGUGUUUCUCUAUAAAGGAAAUAUUUCUGAACACAAUAAUUGCUUUCUGUUUGUGUUGAUAGAGACUUGACAUUCUGAAGCAUAUGUGUGUAUGUGUUUUAACAAAUGUACACAGAUUUAAAGUUUUACUUGCCUAAAUUGUAAGCAUUGUGGCAUACUUAAAUUUUACUAUAUGUCAGGCACGUGGGUAGAUGUGUGUGUGUGUGUGGUAAACAUACACGUAACAAACCAUUUGCUGAUUUAACAAUUUUUACAUUUUUACAUUUUAAUUUUGAUUGCUUUCAUCAUGUUGUGCUACCAUCGUCCAUUUGCCAAGCAUUCCACCACCAUUAACAGAAACUCAGUUGCAAUGGCUCCUGCUUUUUCCUUCCCUCCUAUCCCUGGUAACCACUAAUAAGCUUUGGUCUCUAUACAUUUGUCUGUUUCAUAUAAGUGAGAUCAUACAGUUAUUUGGCCUUUUGUGACUGACAUGUUUCACUCAGCAUAAUGUUUUCAGGAUUCACUUAUGUUGUAGCAUAAAUCAGGACUUCGUGUCUCUUUAUGGCUGAGUCAUAUUCCACUGUAUGUAUAUAACACGUUUUGUUUAUCCAUUCAUCUGUUCAUGGACACUUGGAGAGUUUUCAACUUUGGCCACGUGAAAAGUGCUGCAGUGAACAUUGGCGUACAGGUGUCUGUUUGCCUUCCUGGUUUUAAUUCUUUUGGGUAUAUACCCAGAAUUGGGAUUGCUGGAUCAUAUGAUAAUUCUAUGUUUAACUUUUUGAGGAACCGCCAAAAUGUUUUCCACAGUGGGUGUACCAUUUUAUAUUCCUGCCAGCAAUGGAUGAGGGUUCUGUUUUUUUUUUGGCAGGUUGGAGUGGGGGAAAGGUUGGGUAUGAUUUCUGAUCUUGACUCCCAACUUUGCAGAUAUGAUUUCUCCCUUAGAUGAGGAAAUUGAGACUCAGAGAGAUGUUUAGUAACUUCCUUAAGGUCACAGAGUUAGGGGUAGAGCUGAGAUUUUAAUCUAGUGUGGCCUCAUGAAAGCCGUUAGCUGGAUGUCUUUCUAUGAGGCAGCCUGCUGAUACAGCAUUCACCCUGCCUGUGAGCUGUUAUCUUCCCAUGUGACUAGCACUUCUCUUAGGAUGAUGAAAUACAAAAGUGAUAUGAUCAUCCUUUAAAGGGUUCAUGUGGCAUUGGUGCUGGGGAGGGAACUAGAAUCUAUAUUCUACAACUUACGUGGGAUAAUGGAUGUUAAGAAGUACCACAUUUGGGCCAGUGUAUGAGGCUCACCCCAACUAACCAGGAAAGUCCUGGGGCAACCGUACUUUGCUGUCUUAAGGGGAAUAUUAAGUAGUGGAUAGGGGCUAGCGAAGGAGCCUUGGUGGCACAGUGGUUAAGUGCUCACCUACAAACCAAAAGGUCGACGGUUCAAACCCACCAGCCGCUCCUCAGGAGAAAGAUGUGGCAGUCUGCUUCCAUGAAGAUUACAGCCUUAGAAACCCUAUGGGACAGUUUUAUUCUGUCCUGUAGGUUUGCUAUGAGUCAGAAUCAACUUGACGACAACAUUUUUCUUUUUUUAGAGGCUAGGGGUUGUAGGUGCCUAAAAGCUCUCAGGGUCUAUCUCCAACAGGAAUACUUUUUGAUGCCAGAAUAAGAAAAAUGCAUAUCUUGCACACCAGCAAAAAAUGGUAUCUAUCACCAUUAGCAUAAAGUGUGUGAAAUGGAGUCCUGGGGUGGUGCACAUGGUUAAUGUGGAAGAAAGGCCUGGCCAAUCUACUUUAAAAUCAGCCAUUGAAAGCCCUAAGGAGCAUAGUUGUACUCUGUUCCUCCUGGGGUUGCCAUGAAUGGGAAUUUUUCUUUCUUUCUUUUUUUUUUUUUACUGCCAUUGGCAUGGAACAUGUGAAAUGAUUCAUAUUACAAUGAAAUCUUUGAACUUACAGUGUGAUUUAUGACCAAUUUAACACAGUGAUAUUUAAGUAUUAUCUUCAUUUCCAAGAGAGGAACUUUGGUAGUAGAGGAGGGGUGUCCACUAGAGUGACCAACCAACCUCCUUUGCCAGAGGCUCUCCCAGGUUUAGGGAGCCCUGGUGGUGCAACAGCUAAGUGCUCAGUUGUUAACCAAAAGGUUAACAGUUCAAACCCACCCAACGACUCUGUGGGAAAAAGACCUGGCAGUCUGUUCCCAUAAAGAUUACAGCCAAGACCUACAAAAUAAACAGGAACACCCAAGAGGAGUGAGCUCCUUUGGACAGUUAAUGAUAUGAGACCAAAAGGGCAAAAUCACCCCAAAAGCAAAGAUGAGAAGGCAGAAAGAGAUAGGAAAACCAGACAAAACGUAAUGGAGAACUCAGGGCAGAAAUAGGGAGAGUGCUGAUAUGUUGAGGGGACUGCGACCAAUGUCUUGGAACAGUCUGUGUACUGUAAGGUCACAAACCAACAAUGAAACAAAAUUAAUAACAAGAGAUGCUGAAGACUUUAUCAUCUGCCCUUGAAGAACUCAUGAUGUGAUCAGGAUGACCGGAUCAAGGGUAGUGAGCUAUGAGGAAAGCCCAGGAGAAUACCAGCAUUUAGAAAUUAUAAAGAGAUUGGGUGCCUUAUCCUCAUUUUCCUGCAGGUUAAGAGCUACUUUAUUUCAUGGUGGCUGAAGGUUAUCCAAGUCAGCAACAUCACAUUUCUGCAGCCUCAUGCCCAGGUGAAAUUAAGCUUGACCUUGUCCUGAAAUUGGAUAUUGAUCUUGCAGCAUGUCCAUACCAGGGCAUGCAGUAGCUGCCCAAAGGGGCCACCUGCACCUCCAGUGUUGCCCAUUCAGGUAGUGGGGUAGCUAAGCCUCUUUGGGGAUCUUUAGUGAAGGUGGAGACUCAGUGAUUCAUGAGGCCCAAGAAGAAAGGUACUUGCAUGUAGAAUGCACAGCCUAAGUAAGCUUUGUCUAACUCUCUAAAUUUAUCUAAGGUCUCUGCUACUAACCUAAGGGGUGGUGGUUUGAGCCCACCCGGUGGCACCAUGGAAGAAAGGCCUGGCAAUCCACUUCCAUAAAGAUGACAGUCAAGAAACUCCUAUGGAACAGUUAGUUCUACUUCUUAAUACACGGGGUCGCUAUGAAUCAGAAGCAACUCAAUGGCAACCAACAACAGCAUUUACUGAGAGUUAUAUUUACAUGCCUUAUCUAAUACAGUUCCGUGAAUAUGACGUUAUUGCCCUCUCUGCAAAGGUGGAAACCAAGGCUCAGAGACUGUAAGUAACUUGCCCAAGGUUACUCAGCUACUUAGUAGAGCAGCUGGGAUUUGAAUCCUGGUUUGAUCAACUUCGAAGCUUAUCUCACCACAUUGUGCAGAAGCACUUUUGUUUUUAGAGAAACAAAGAGUUUUAAGGCUGAAAGCAACUCUAGAACUCAUCUGGUUGGGUGGUUUCCAGUGCAUACUGGCUGGUUCAAUCACCUGGAGAGUGGCAACCAAACCAAAACCAACCCCACUGCCAUUGAGUUGAUUCCGAUUCAUAGUGACCCUAAAGAAUAGAAUAGAACGCCCCAUAAGGUUUCCAAGGAGCAGCUGGUAGAUUCGGCCUGCAGACCUUUUGGUUAGCAGCUGUAGCUCUGGCAAGGAGUGGGGAAAUAGAUUUGCUAGUGAAAACAAAAUACUGACUGUAGCUACUUCCAUCUUCUAAGGCGAGCGACAUACUUCAUGUCAGUGAAGGGUAACUGGUAACCUUUCUGUAACCUGCCUCUGGCUAGGGGAGCUAAGAACCUGGUGGGGGUGGGAGCUAAGUUAAAUCACCUGAUUAUGUUACCAAAAAAAAAAACCACAUUGCCUUUGAGUCGAUUCUGACUCCUAGUGACAUGAUAAGACAGACUAGAAGGUAAUUUGAUGCUUCUGCCAGUGCUUUGUGCUCCUAAAGGCCUUUGUUUGACAGCCGACUCAUAGCAACCCUAUGUACAACAGAAUGAAGCACUGCCCGGUCCUGCACCAUCCUUACAAUUGUUGCUAUAUUUAAGGCCAUUGUUACAGCCGCUGUGUCAAUCCAUCUUUUUGAGGGUCUUUCUCUUCUUUCACUGACCCUCUACUUUACCAAGCAUGAUGUCCUUCUCCAGGGACUGAUCCCUCCUGAUAACAUAUCCAAAGUAAGAAAGACAAAGACAUCCUUGCUUCUGGGACCAUUUUGGCUGUACUUCUUCUAAGACCAAUUUGUUCAUUCUUCUGACAGUCCAUGGUAUAUUCAAUAUUCUUCACCAGCAACAUAAUCCAAAUGCAUCAAUUCUUCAGUCUUCCUUAUUGUCCAGCUUUUGAAUGUAUAUGAGGUGACUAAAAACAUCAUGGCUUGGGCCAAGUGCAGCUUAGUCCUCAGAGAGACAUCUUUGCUUUUAAAGAGGUCUUUUGCAGCAGAUUUGCCCAAUGCAAUACAUCUUCUGAUUUCUCGACUGCUGCUUCCAUGGGUGUUGAUUGUGGAUCCAUGUAAAAUGCAAUCUCGACAAUUUCAAUUUUUUUUCUGUUUCUCAUGAUGUUGCUUAUUGGUCCAGUUGUGAGGAUUUUUGUUUUCUUUAUGUUGAGGUGUAAUCUGUACUGAAGGCUGUAGUCUUUGGCCUUCAUCAGCAAGUGCUUCAAGUCCACUUCACUUUCAGCAAGCAAGGUGUGUCAUCUGCAUAUCGCAGGUUGUUAAUAAGUCUUCCUCCAAUCCUGAUGCUGUAUUCUACUUCAUAUAUUCCAGGUUCUCAAAUUAUUUGCUCGACAUAGAGGUUGAAUAAGUAUCGUGAAAGAAUACAACCCUGACACACACCUUUCCUGAUUUUAAAUCACACGGUAUCCCCUUGUUUUAUUCGAAUGAUUUCCUCUUGGUCUAUGUACAGGUUCCUCAUGAACAUAAUUAAGUGUUCUGGAGUUCUCAUUCUUCGCAAUCUUAUCCGUAAUUUGUUAUGAUCCACACAGUCGAAUGCCUUUGCAUAGUCAAUGAAACACAGGUAAAAAUCUUUCUGGUAUACUCUGUUUUCAGCCACUAAACAACAACAACAAAAAAAAACCCAUUGCCAUCAAGUUGAUUCCGACUGAUAGCAACCUUAUAGGACAGAGUAGAACUACCUAUCCCAUGUCAGCCCUAGGAAAUUAAUAAGUAAGUAGUUCGUGUAUGUUGUGGGGAGCAAACGGUUUUGCUGGAGAAAUGAACAGAACUUCGGGGAAAUUAGGCAUAGACUUCUCGGGAACAAUAAUAAGAUGGCAGAAAUUUGAGGCCUGAGGAAGGGGAAUUCCCAGGGGGUAGACUGGCCAGGGUGACCUUUCAGACUAGUAAGGUGUAGAAUUGCUGUGCCAUUAGGCAAUGUUCUCUUACCAGCAUAGCUAGAGACACUUGAAAAAGCAUGCACUAAGUUCCAGUUUGGACUGACACUGAAAGAAGAGAAAAGAACAGACUAAGAUGGAGAAUGCACUAGAAGCUAAUGACUGUGGAGCAAGAUCUGACCAGGAGGAAUCGAAGCCUCCCUCAGGAAUCCCUACAAAUACUGGCCCAAGUAUUAGCCAUAGUACAGGGACAUCUUAUAAAACCGGAGACCUGGGGGAUAUGCAGGUAGCAGGUAUGUUAACAGAUAAAUUUAAUUCUCAUUAUUCAAGAUAGCUAUAUCCCAUAAAGUCCCCACAAACACUUGAAUUGUUCCUAGGGGAAACUCAGGAUUAGGUUCCUAUGAGCCUCUGGUCACAAUGUUUUUGACAACCAAUCAAUAAUACACAAACCAAACCCAUUGCUUUUGAGUCUAUUCCAACUCAGAGUGACUCAUUCCAACUCAUAGUGACCCUAUAGGACAGAGUAGAGCCACCACGUAAGGUUUCCAAGGAGUGACUGGUGAAUUUGAACUGCCAAUGUUUUGCUUAGCAGCCAAGCUCUAAACCACCACUCUGAGCCACCAGGGAUCCUAUUUAAUAUAUAGUUUUUGCUAAUAAUUACAUGCAGUAAUUCUUCGUAGUAACACACUAGCCAAAAAGGGUUUAACAUUUUCUUGACCCUGGGUAAUGUGACUGCAAAUUUCUUUGGCUUUUAACCUCUGUACAAUGCUGUCCAUUAGGCAUUUUUUUUUUUCUCCAUCAAUAGUCAUCUCAUGAAUCCACAAAUGUAGCAACACUUCCACCUUUUCCAUGGCUUCAUCAUGACCCAUAAAUGCUUCUUUAGCAUUUUCUGGAGCAGCCUUACCUACAGAUUGGUGAAUUUCCUCCUCCUUUUUCUGGGUAUACCAUAUUGCUGACUCAGUAACACUGAGAUCACAGUCAACAGGCUUGUAACUCAUGACCUGAACAAAGCUUAUCUAUCACAAGUAUUUUCUCUGUAAGGCACAUCCCAGCCUUCUUGUGCUUGCAGCACUAGACAGCACUUCAGUGCCACACUUGGGGACCAUUUUAAACAGCAAAAUCACCAAUGAAAAAGCACCAAAAUGUGGCACUAAAUAGACUGUGAAAAAGAACCUUGUUCAUGCUAUGAGAGCUGAAACGAGGGCAGAACAUCGCCUUGUUAGCCCUUAGCUGAGAGCACACACUCUGGUCUUUUGCUGCUCUGCACAUUUCUGUGAAUGACUGCAAAAGUCCCUAGAGUAUUGAUUUGUAGUUAAAAAUAAGGUUUAGUGAGUAGGUGAAUUCAUAAAUCUGGAAUUCACGAAUAAUGAGAAUCGACAGUGUUUGGGUUACAAGUAGACUUUGGGGUCCCCUCCCUAGAUAUUUUGAUUCGCUUGGUCUGGGGUUAUACUCAGGAAUCUGAAUUCUUGACUAAUGCCCCACAUCAUUCUGAUGUGGGUUAAUAUCAUUAGGUUUGGCUUAAUCCCACUUUUCACAUUUGAGGAAACCGAGGUCCAAGGCCAUGAAUAACUUCCCCGAGGCAUCCUAAAGCUCUUCUGUGGCCAAAUUGAGGAUAGAAACAAAUUCUCUAUAAAAUACCCAGCACAGAGGUGGGGCCAAGGUGGCUGACUAGGUAGAUGCUACCUCGGAUCCCUCUUGAAACAAAGACUCGGAAAAACAAGUGAAUCGAUCACAUACAUGACAAUCUACAAACCCUGACCAUCAAACACAGAUCUAAAGAGUUGACCUGAGUGACAGGUGAGCGAAAAGCUGCGCCCUGAACCAGCGACCACUUCUGGAACCCGUGACCCACUCCACAGCCUUUAGCCCUCAUGGUUCCCUGGUGCCAAGUGGUGGGGCUGAUAGUGGCUUGCUGAGGCAGGGCAGGCAUGGGACACAGCCCUAGCCCCUAGCCCCCUGGGGUAACCUCUGUAGAGACUCAGCCAGCACAAGCAGGUGGCACACUGACGUGGCUAAGGAGAGAACGAACGAGCAACCACAGGGAAGCAGCGACGGUUUUCGGAGCCUGGAGCCAGCGUCCCAGUCAGAAAACCUUGGCACUGGGCUUUGCGCACAGCAGAGCGGAGCACGGCAUCCUGAAAUGGCGCAAAAAUGGGACGCAGCCCUAGCUCCCUGAAGUGACCUCCGGGGAAGCCCAGCCAGCUCAUGCAGGCAGCGCAGCAGUGCAGCUGAUGGGAGGAGAGGUCACCGAGAGGUAGUGACUGGUUUUGGAGCCGGGAGUGCAGCAUCCCAGCUGGGGAACUGUGGCACUGGGCUUUGGACUGGGAGGGAGGAACUAACCAUGGCUUCUGAGACAGCACAUGUGCAGGACGUGGGCCUGACCCCCGGGGGCAAUCUCGACCCAGCCAACACGCACAAGCUACCCGCCCCUCAGGAAUCUCAGAUAAAACAGUCCUUAUCAAGCAAGAUAAGUAACUUUGUCUAUAGUCCUGGGUGCUACUCUCUCCUAUCUAUCUGAUCCCUCCCCUCCCCUUCCCAGGUGGCUUCAUUAGCAUUGGAAUUCCCUGGGCCGGAGAGUGAAGUGCUCUGCGUUUUUUUUUGUUUGUUUGUUUCUUUGUUUUGUCUUUCCCUAACCCAUUCUUCUGGCCUGAGAGAAGCAGCUACAAAAAACCCAGGGACCAAGAAUCCUUCCCUGACUUCCUGAAAUUGAACUAAAAAUACAGAACCAGCUCCAGCCAAGCAUAUGAGAUCCACAGUCUUGGGCUUUCAUCCCUACAGGGAACAAGGUGGCUAUUAUAAUGCAAAGGCAGUUCUGAUAGUGAUCUGACUAAUUGUUUUAGCGGAUUACUGGAAAGACAAGUUCCCCAGGUCUCAUAGCUCUACCUAUUAAACAGAGCCCUCACUGACCCACAAAGGGGAACUGAGGGCUGAAGCUCCACCCAAACCACCUAACCUCCUGCCAUAGGGGUCUGAGGAUAGUGACAUCUACCAGUCUGUAGAGGUACAUGCAUUCGGUGCCUAAAGUACAGCUGCAGAGCCCACCCACCAAAGUACUUUAGGAAUAGAGACACGCCUACCUCACUGGAACUUGGGAGAAGCCUGUCAGCAUCCUGUCCCCCCCCCCCCAGAAUGUGACCCCCUGCUACUACUAGACUCUGGUGCACACAACUAUAACCGCUAAUCCUCUAAGUGAAUAGGUGACAGUCUACCCCACACACUUGGUGACCCAAAAUCAGAUUCUACUCAAGAAUAGUGAAUGGACUCUUAGCUUAUAUUUCUGGUAAUGGCCCAAACCAGCUGGUAAGAGAAUGUAAGUGAUUCAAGGGCUACAACAAUCAAAAGACAGUGCAAUCUAGUAGCCCAUCGACGUACAUUGAAAGAAAACAAAACAAGAUAAGACUCAGUGAGCAAACAUAAAAUAAAUCAUUACAAUAUCUUAUAGAUGGCUAGGAGACAGCAGUCGAUAUCAAACCACAUAAAGAAGCAGACCAUGAUUGCUUCUACGACUCCCCAAAUUAAAGAAUCAAAAUCUUUCCCAAAUGAAGAUACAAUCCUGGAAUUGCCAGAUGCAGAAUAUAAAAAACUAAUUUACAGAAUGCUUCAAGACAUCACGGAUGACCUCAAAAAUGAAAUAAGGCAAUUUACAGAAAAAGCCAAGGAACACACUGAUAAAGCAGUUGAAGAAAUCAAAAAGAUUAUUCAAGAACACAGUGGAAAAAUUAAUAAGCUACAAGAAUCCAUAGAGAGACAGCAUUCAGAAAUCCAAAAGAUUUACAGUAAAAUUACAGAAUUAGACAACUCAAUAGGAAGUCAGAGGACCAGAAUCGAGGAACUGGAAUGCAGAGUGGGGGAGAUGGAGGAUAAAGCAAUUGGCACCAAUAUAGUUGAAGAAAAAUAGGAUAAAAGAGUUAAAAAAAAAAAAAAAAAUGAAGAAACCCUAAGAAUCAUGUGG